UGUGAAGGAUUGGAUGCAAAAUGUGUGGCCGGACAUCAUUCGAGAUUACGACAAAAAGGAUAUUUUUAACGCCGACGAAGCGGGCUUAUUUUAUAAGCUGACUCCAAAUCAAACAUUGAAGUUAAAAGGUGAAAAAUGUGUCGGCGGAAAACACUCCAACAUAAGGAUAACCAUUCUUGUUUGUGCUAACAUGACUGGCUCUGAAAAACAAAAGUUGAUGGUUAUUGGAAAAUCGAAUAAGCCCAGGUGCUUUAAGAACGUGAAGAAACUUCCUGUAGUUUAUAAAUCAAACAAAAAAUCUUGGAUGACUGCUGACUUGUUCCAGGAGUCUCUCCAACAAUGGGAUAAGGAGCUGUCCCAAGGGAAAAGAAAAAUUGUUGUGCUGAUAGAUAAUUGUUCAGCACACGUUGAACUAAGGAACUUACAAUGGAUUAAAGUAGUUUUUCUCCCUCCCAACACUACUUCAGUAAUGCAACCGAUGGACCAGGGAGUAAUUCGUAGCCUUAAAUGUCAUUACAGAAAACAGCUAAUCUUGCGCAUUUUAGAAUGUUACGAUAACAACAAGGACUGUGACAUUUCCCUCCUUGAUGCCAUUGUUUUGGUUGAAAAAUCUUGGAGGAUGGUAUCUGACUCAACUAUCAGAAAUUGUUUUCGUCAUGCUGGACUUAGAAAAAUGCAACAGGAUGAAGAUAAAGGCUAUGAUGAGGACGAUGAUGAUGACAACCUUCCCAUUUCCAAGUGGCUGGAAAAACACGGAGUGCACGUAUUUCCUCAAAGUGAAAUUGAACAUUUCGAAUCUUGUGAUCACGAUGUUGCUACAUCUGGCGAAGUUAGUGACAGCGAUAUCGUAUCAGAAGUAAGCGAAAGGAUGAACUUGACUUCAGAUAUGGAUGACAAUUUUUCGGACAAUGAUGAAGGAACGGAAGAUGCAAAUCCAGGACCGUCCAUUUCCGCUGCAAAAGCAGCUGUCAGGGGUCUGUCCAGGAUUUUUCACAGGGUCCGUUUUUUGUGAAAAAUCAAAU